GGGUGAAUUGAACGACAAAUAGAAGACUAGCGAAUAGAAGCAUCGUCACCGCCAGGUAGGCGUUCCUCUUUCUCUUCCUUCUCUCGGUUCGUAGGGAUGCAAGUACCAAAGUCGAGUUCGGCGGCCGAUCAGGAGGCAAGCGAGGCGGCUGCCGUGGCCCCACUGCGCCUCGUGCGUGACGCAGCGGUGGAGACGCCCUUCAUCACCGAUCCGGCCGAGGUGGCAGCGCUGGAUAUCCCCGUUGAGUACGUGCGUCGCAUGGAAGAGGCCCAGCGGAUUUACGGCAAUCACCACAUGCAGCACCAGAUGUUCGGCAACGCGCGCAACCACGCCGCGAUGACGGUCGGCUUUCAAUGCUGCUGGCUCGGUAUCGCGGCGUGGGUGGUGAGUCGCGGUCUGCGCUACUCAGACCCGAUCAACUCCGUUGUAGCGCGGUGGGUGCAGAACUCAACGGUGCGUCGCCUCACCACGCCGAUUUCGUGUUUGGGUCUCGUCAUAUUCAGCGUAACGUGCACGCAGCUGCCGUACGAUGUGAAGGUGCUGCGGGAAGCGGAGGCGGGCAUGGCGGCGCAGAAGGCGCUGAUGGCGGCUACGAUAGACGAGCGUCAACUGGCAUACCGAGACGGGAAGUUAGCGAAGGAAAAACUGGAGGCGAAGGAGGCAGCGGCCUUCACAACAGGUAUGAAACAGCAGCCGUAA